AUGGCUUCGUCUAGUGAAUUAGGACAUAUGGAGGACCUACCCACUGGAGGUUAUAAAAGCAUCCAGCCAUUUCAGUUGAAAAGACCGGUUGUUUCUGAGAUCGUUUGGGACUUCUUCUCUAUUAGUCAAGCGUCUCAUAUUUGGGACACGAUGAAAGAGAGGUAUUCUUCGACAAGGACUCCACUGUACAUCGGAUCGCUUUCGCCGGGUACACUAGUGAACAAUUGUCAAAACAUACUAGAAGUUCCUCCGCCGCCUCCGCUGCCCCCAAGGACCCCGCCUCCACCUCCAUCACCUGCCACGUCAUCCACAUCAAACUCUCCAAAUCAUUCUCCUCCGCCUCCUCCUCCUCCACCUCCGCCAAAUACUCGCCGUCGCCAUACUUCAAGUCAUUAUAAGCAACGGGGGCGUCACCUUACAUGUCGUUUCGCUCCUGAGGCUCCCCGAGAUGCCUGCCCCAUCGGGCAGUUCAGUGCGGGAACCAAUCAAAGGCCUCGCCGCUGGAGCCAAAAAAUUCCUCGAAAAUCCCGAGGAACUGAAAGUGAAAGAACCUCAACCGACCCCAGAACUAGCAUUGACUCUACUUUAACGAGAAGGGUCUGGGCUGCAUUCGUCUCAUUGUGUUUAGUCCUUGCGACUUGCAUUCGCCCAAGUACCGAUUCGGUCGGUUACUGCGAUGUGUCCCCAGGACUUCGUCAACCCCUCAGUUCUAGUUCACCCAGUGCUCCCCGCCCACUCUAUCUGGCCCGCCUCUUCGAGUCUUUCCGCGGCGACAAGGGCUCUCAGAUCCCACCACUGUCACACGGAUCUCGUCUGUUCUUUUCUAUCUACUUAAGAUGGAGGGAUCUGGAAACGAAGGUAAUUAUGCUUUCCCUCUGCGAUCGUGCAAGUACUAAUGGUUCAUUCUGCUUAGGUCUUUUGGCCUUCUGGCAUUCCUACCGCUUGCCUGUCCUCCUCGCUCUCGCUACCCUUCUCGUUCUCGUUCGCGCCUAUCGUAAACUGCAGCCCAAGUCCAAGAUUGCUACUGCCUCCUCCAUCCCGUCGUCGCCUCGCAGCCAUUCCCCGGAGAAACGUGAAAAGACCUUCAGCAACUCUACGGAGAAGGAUGUCGGAACCGACUCAAAGCCCUCGGUCGUGGAGAAGGACGCGUCGCAAAAGCAGGCCGGUCCGAAGCGGGUCACAGGAAAGAAGCCGCUAAAGGUUGCUGGCCGACGCAGAGGUUCUGACCAGGAACCGGCUGUCUCCUUCAUCCAACCCAUUAUCUUCUUCGCUUCGUUGACCGCAAACACCGAGAGAUAUGCCCAAGUGUUGCUGGAAGAAUUGCGUGCUGCUGCGCGCGAUCGGGCCGAUCCUGACAAUCGGGAACGAGGCCUCCUUCCCCCUCAGAUUCAUGACCUGUCGUAUGUCGAUUUUGACGACUACUUCAUCAGCGCCCCAAAGCCCCCAUCGACCUCGCCAGGAACACGCUAUGUCUAUUGCAUGCUGAUCCCGACUUACAACAUCGAUACGAUCUUGAACACCUUCCUUGGUCACCUUGAUGAAACUCAUCAUGACUUCCGCAUUGAUACUGCGCCCCUGUCCGGUCUCGCUGGCUAUUCUGUCUUCGGAUUUGGCGACAAGGAAGGGUGGCCUACUGAAGAGGAAGGCUUCUGCUCACAGGCCAAGGAACUGGACCGUUGGAUGGCGAAACUCACAGGCAGGAAGAGGGCCUACCCUCUUGGGUUUGGUGAUGUAAAGAGCGAUGCGGAAUCGGCCUUGAAGGAGUGGUCCCGUGGCCUACAGGAUAUCCUCGGUGAAAUCGUCGAAAAUGGCGGCCUAGGUGAAGGUGUCCCUGGUAGCGGUGAUCCGCUCGAAAGUGAUGAGGAGGAUUUGGACGACGAAGGUUCGGAGUCCGACAAAGCAAACGGUCGGAAGCGGAACAAGAAUCAAUCGGUGGUCGACCUGGAAGAUAUCAAAUUCAGCUCGGACGCUGCAUCCGGAUCUCCUAUCCCCGUGGACUUCACUACGGGCGGAAAGUCUCCUGCGCCCGCUACUGAAAAAGAGAUGGUGCCCAAGACCUCGCCAACCUAUGCCUCUCUGACGAAGCAAGGAUAUACGAUUGUUGGUUCGCACUCUGGCGUCAAGAUCUGUCGUUGGACCAAGUCUGCCCUGCGUGGUCGUGGCUCCUGUUAUAAGUUUUCAUUCUACGGUAUUCGCUCUCACCUGUGCAUGGAGGCAACUCCUUCGCUUUCUUGCAGCAACAAAUGUAUCUUCUGCUGGCGUCACGGUACUAACCCUGUCGGCACCACUUGGCGCUGGAAGGUGGACGAUCCGGAACUCAUCUUCAAUGGAGUUAAGGAGGGUCAUUACAAGAAGAUCAAGAUGAUGCGUGGUGUUCCGGGUGUGCGUGCGGAGCGAUUCGCCGAAGCUAUGCGGAUCCGUCACUGUGCUCUCAGUUUGGUCGGCGAGCCGAUCUUCUAUCCCCAUAUCAAUCGUUUCCUGGACAUGUUGCACAGCGAACACAUCUCCAGUUUCCUUGUCUGCAAUGCCCAGCACCCUGACCAGCUUGAAACGUUGCAUCGGGUGACGCAACUCUAUGUCUCCAUCGAUGCGAGUAACCGCGAGAGCCUACGCAAGAUCGAUCGACCUCUGCACCGCGAUUUCUGGGAGCGCUUCCAGCGCUGCUUGGAUAUCCUCCGGGAAAAGCGCCAUUACCAGCGGACGGUGUUCCGUCUUACGCUGGUCAAGGGUUUCAACAUUGACGAUGAGGUGAUUGGAUAUGCCAACCUGGUUGAAAAGGCCCUGCCUUGCUUUGUUGAAAUCAAGGGCGUGACAUACUGUGGUACUAGCACCAGCGCCGGAGCUGGACUGACCAUGCAGAACGUUCCUUUCUACGAGGAGGUUCAGCAGUUUGUCACCUCUCUCAACGCAGAGCUGGAGCGCCGUGGUCUGAAGUAUGGUAUCGCCGCUGAACACGCUCACAGUUGUUGCGCGCUGAUCGCGUCCGAGCGGUUCCACGUCAAUGGCAAAUGGCAUUCUCGGAUCGAUUACGAUAGGUUCUUCCAGCUCUUGGAGAAGGAAAAGGCCGACGGUACCUCGUUCACGCCGGAGGAUUACAUGAGGGAAACCGAGGACUGGGCGCUGUGGGGUAACGGAGGUUUCGAUCCGAACGAUGAGCGUGUCUACAAGAAGGGCAAGAAGAAGGCCAUUCAGGCUGCUGCUGCUACUGAAGCUCAGGGAUGA